AUGAUGUCGAAUCUUCCAAGGGAUUUAUCGGAGGAGGUGCUGUCUAGAAUUCCUUUGACAAGUCUGAGAAAAGUCCGAUCUAGUUGCAAAAAGUGGAACACUUUAUCCAAAAACAGCUUCUUUGCAAAGAAGCACCUUCGUCGUCAGGAAGCAGAAGAAGUAGCCAAGGAGGAGUUUAUGGUGGUGGUGAUGAUGGAUUAUAGCGUUUAUUUGAUGGGAGUGAAUCUUUCCGACAAGGAAUCGUGUAUAAAGCGACAAAGCAAACUGAUUUGUCCCGAAAUCGAGGUAUGCAUAGUGUUUCAUUGCGACGGUCUGUUGCUAUGCGUGUCGAGAGACCACACUAAGCUGGUGGUUUGGAACCCGUAUUCCGGGAAACCCCUGUGGAUCGAGCCGACAUAUAAACCCAAAAGAUUGACCCAUUCUUUGUAUGCCCUCGGAUACGACAAGAGCAGCAAUUCCUACAAAAUCUUGAGAUUUAGGGGUACCCUUUUGUUCACAAUGUACGACAUAAACUCUGAUUCUUCUUGUGUAUCUGAGAGGGUUCUUGAUAUCACUCCUCCAGACUGGAAGGUAACUUACUAUCAUGCUGGCGUGUCUCUCAAGGGGAAUGCCUACUGGCUUGCUACGAAAGAGGAGGAAGAAAAUUGCUUAGUCUGUUUUGAUUUCACAAGAGAGACAUUUGGGCCGCGGUUGCCUUUGCCUUUCGAGCAUUUCCCUCGAGAUACUGUGAGUCUAUCUGUUGUGAGAGGAGGGAAGGGGAAGCUUGCGGUUUUGUUUCAGCCAUGGGAUACUUUAACGGUGGAGAUAUGGGUUACGAGCAAGAUUGAGCCCGACUCCGUGACGUGGGAAAGCAAGGUGUUGUUGAGAGUGAGUUUGAAACAAACCAUUCACCCUCAGUUCCAGUUUCUAAUUAAAGGUGCUAGUUUCUUCAUUGACGAGCAGAAGAAAGUCGCCAUCGUUUUUGAUAAAGAGUUUGAUCCUAAGACUCUGCCUAUUCGCAACACAGCUUACAUCAUUGGAGUGGAUGGGUGCUUGAAGAAAGUUGAUCUUGGAGAAUCUGCUCACAAUUUGAAUACUCCACUUGCGUGCUCUUAUCUUCCAAGUUUGAUCCAACCUAAUUAG